AAAAUUUCAAAAACACAUUUGGAGGUAAAAAAAGAAGAAGAAAGGGAAAAGAAACCACCUUGCCCUUCAGUCUAUCAAAAUCUCAGUUCAAUUCAAUUCAUUUCAACUUUACAGAAUCUUCUUUUAAGAAAAAAAUGGCAGAAAUUCUGAGCCCUAAUGCAAUCCUAAAGCAGAGGCUCCCAAGAAUCCAAUCCCCAACCGCUCCUUUCAUCUUAGGCUCUAAUGACGAUAAACUCGAGCGUGCUCAGGCACGAGCCGCACGUGCCGCCGCUAUUCGCCGCAAACUUAUCACCUCUAAUACUACUAAUCAGUCCGGCGAGAAUUCCGAUCCAUGCCUCGAUAAGCAGCAGAUUCUUGAUCUUUUCCAGAAUUGUAUAAAGCUUGCUAGCGAAAAUAAAAUAAAUCAAAAGAACACAUGGGAGUUGAAUCUAAUAGAUCAUCUCUGCGAGAUUAUUAAAGUCGAAGACGAGCAAGAUGUUGAGACCAAUUUCCAAAAGGCCAGUUGCACACUGGAAGCUGGAGUUAAAAUUUACUCACUGCGAGUGGAUUCUGUGCAUUCAGAAGCAUACAAGGUCCUUGGUGGGAUUAAUAGAGCUGGUCAAGAAAAUGAACAAGAUGCUGUUAUGGGCGAUGCCAAUACCGACAGUUCACAAGAGGAAGGGCAUUCCAAGCAAGAUACAGAAAGAAAGAUUUCACAUUUGUCAACACUGGAGUCAUCAUUUGAGUCUCUUAAUGUGAAGAAGUUUGAUGCUGCAUUUGCUGUGGAUCCACUCUAUCAUCAGACAUCUGCACAAUUUGACGAAGGUGGAGCUAAGGGUCUCUUACUAAACAACCUUGGAUUAUAUGGUGCAUGUCGAGUGCUCUUUGAUUCACAGGAAGUACCAGGGAAGUUCACAUCAUGUGAAAAUCAACAUGAAAGACAAGAUACAAUUGAUCUUUCUUUUACUAGAGAUUACAUUGAACACAUGGUACUGAACAUGCAAACAGUGGCUGAAAUUUCCCCAACUUUGAAAAUCAUUGUCAAUCAAUUUGAUGAAGAUAAUAAAAGGCCAUUAGACACUUUCCCUUCUCUCCAGAAAUCUUCUCAAGUGCUUGAUAAAGAUGAAAGUUAUAAUGAAGAAGUUGAUUUUGAUGGUAAUGCAUUUGAGAGUGGUGAAACCUGGACUUGUGAACAUGAUGAGCAAACAAGUGUUGUUGAUGAUGAGCCUAAUGGUGCAGAUACUUCUUUUCCAAGUAUUCAUGAGGAAAAUGAACUGUUUUCCUUCAAUGGUCCUGAUAUGGAUGACAGAUUUGACAAAGUGGAUAGCUACUUGUCUUUUAGUUUGGGAUUUACGUCAAAACAAAAUGCUUGGGCAGGUCCUGAUCACUGGAAGUAUAGGAAAGCUAAAGGUUUGGAGGACAAUUCUACUACAGAGGAAGGAUCACCAGUAACAGCCAAGAAACCCAAGACUAAGAAGCAAGCAGAACUUGAUAUUGAUUUCACAAAAGCCUUGGAUGAAAAUUUGCCAGAUGUCUUUACGCCUCCUAAAAAUCCCAAGUCAUUGCUCUUGCCUGCGACUAGAGUACCAUGCAGCACAACAUUGCCUGAAGAUUGCCACUAUCAACCAGAAGACCUAGUUAAAUUAUUUCUUCUACCUAAUAUAAUGUGCCUUGGAAAGAGACGGAGAAGGUCUCAAGAUGAACCGAGGCAGCACUCGGAUGAUUAUGGAGCAGCGCCAUCCUGGGAUGAUGGAAGCGUUUUCGGCGGCGAUUUUGAUGAUGGAAACACUCAGAGUGACGUGGAAGACCCCAACACGCUUGUUUCACAACCUCGCCAGGUAAAUAAAAUCGAAGUCCAGUAUGAUAAAACUUCUAAGCAAGUCGAUGUCCAGGCGCUGAAGGAAACGCUUUGGCACCAUAUGGAAAAAUCUCCUCAAGUGUCUAUUCAGAAGGAGGAUGAAGAACAGGCAUUAUCUUUCAAGAACCUAUUGUCUAGCUUUCCCAGUGAGUGCAGUGCUGCUGGAACUAUCAAGGAUAUUUCUCCUCAUUUGUGCUUCAUAUGCCUAUUACAUUUGGCAAAUGAGCAUGGGUUGAGCAUCCGUGGGUGUGCCAGCUUGGAUGAUCUCAAUAUACAUCUCCCUAGCAAUAAUUUGCAUGUCAAUUGAGUGCUCUAAGCCCUAAUGAAGGUUCGAACACUUCCUCUCUUUUUCCUUUUUCUGUUCUGGGUCAUGAAAAAAGUUUAUCUUAUGCGCCCUAUGUAAGAUUGUAAAUCUCAAAAAUUUAUUGUCCGGCUUUUAUUGCAAUAUGCCGACAAUAAUAUUGUAUUUUUGUUUGACAUUCCAAGAACACUUGCAAGUUGCAAUCACAUCUCAGAAUACCUGUUAAAGUUUU